AUGGAUCUACAACUACCGCCAAACUUGGCUACUGAGGCUCCACAACAGCUUGAAGGAAAACGAGCGGACGUUCAAGUCUCGUCUGCAGACAUUCUUCUGGAAGCUCAUCAGCUAAAACAAGCUCCAUAUAAAGCAGCGAAGCAGAGCAUCCAAGAUCUAGAAGAGCUACGUCUGUUCCAGCAAACAAAACGGAAAGAAUAUGAACAGCAUCUUAAUAAGAACCGUCUUAACUAUGGCCAAUGGAUACGAUACGCCAAAUGGGAACUAGAGCAUAACCAUGACUUUAGAAGAGCCAGAUCUAUUAUGGAACGUGCUUUGGAAGUGAACGUCCAGCAUGUUCCUUUCUGGGUUCGCUACAUUGAAAUGGAAUCAAUGCAUCGGAAUGUUAAUCAUGCUAGAAAUUUACUUGACCGUGCUGUUACUACUCUACCGUACACUGACAAGCUAUGGUACAUGUAUGUCCAGACCGAAGAGGCAUUGGGGAACUAUACUUCUGUGCGUUCAAUAUUUGAGAGAUGGGUUUCUUGGAAGCCGGCAAAAACCGUAUGGCAAGCUUAUAUUGGCUUUGAACAGCGAUACGACGAGUACGAUAAUGUCAGGGCUUUGUUUCCGAGGUUCUUGGCUGAAUAUCCCGAAGGUGAGAUUUGGCUAGCAUGGGCAGACUUCGAGCGUGUGGGAGUUCCUUUGAAUGAUCAACUGGUAUCUCGAAUUCGUGGCGUUUUUGAAUCUGCGCUUGAUUCCAUGGCUGAGAAUGGCUCAUUGCAAACUGAUGACAGUGUUCCAGAGCUCGUGCUGCGCUGGUGUACGUGGGAAGCCCUCCAAGGAGAGCUUGAAAGAGCUCGUACGAUAUUCCAGACGGUGCUAGACGUGGCGCUGGAAGAACAAAAGAACCGAUUAUCUGCCAUCAUCGUUGAGUUCGAAAGCAGACAUGGCGGUACAGAUCUGAUAGAUUCAGCUGUCAGCACUAAAGAAAAAGCCCAACUUGAACUGACAAUUUAUAAGAAUCCAAGAGAUUACAACGCCUGGUGGGACUAUCUUAAGCUAGAGGAAGAAUCAUCUACGGAGUCUCUCCGUAGCUUGUUCAGGAGGAGUGUAUCAGUUCCACCAGAGGAACAAUACAAGCUGGUAAGCUGGAGACGCUAUGUGUUCCUCUGGAUAAAGUUUGCUUUGUGGGAGGAGUUCAACAACAGAAACAUUGAGAAUGCCCGCAAAUGUUGGGCUGACGCUAUCGCAACAAUACCCCACAAGAAGUUUACAUUCGCUAAGAUUUGGGUGAUGGCGGCCCUGUUUGAACUACGGUACAAUAACGAAGCUGGCUUGGUAGCUGCCAGGAAACUUCUUGGCAAGGCUAUCGGCUUGACCUGCACUACGACAUUGAAGAGUAAGCUCUUCAGGUUCUACAUCGACUUGGAGACGAAGCUCAACGAAUGGAGUAGGGUGCGUUCACUCUAUACUAAGUGGAUUGAGGUUGCUUUGCUUUUCGACCUUGAGAAUGAGGAGAGCCAUAGGGCACUUGACGUUUUGAAAGACUUUAUCAACAAAGAGUUAGAGUUCGGAGAAUCUGACAGAUGUAUUGCCCUAUUUGAAAUGGCAUUGGAUACUCAGAACAAAGCGACUAGCGCUGUUAAUGCCCAUCUUUCUUUCAAGCCUCGUGAGGAGCUUUUCAAUACUUUCAUUAACUUUCUCAAGGAUGAACUUAUGUACGAACGUGCGAGGGAUGUCUUUAGACGUGAGCUCACAGAUACACCAAAAGCAGAACUUUGGAUAGAGUUUGCAAACUUUGAGCUGAGCAUUCUUUCUCCUAGCCAAGUUGAAAGUCUCGAAAACGCCGAAGACGAUGUCGAGUUCAAGCUUGAAGAUCACCAGAAGGGCAAAACCCGCGAGGUGUUCACCGAAGCAGUCAAGCACUUUAAAGAUAACGACGAUGCUAAGAGUUGCAUCACAGUACUUGAGGCAUGGAAGAGUUACGAAGAAGCUCAUGGUGAUGCAGAGUCUGUGGAAAAGGUCGCAAAGCGUUUCCCAACACCUGUGACCAAGAGAAGAGCCACAGAACAAGGCGAGGAAGUCUUCACCGAGUACAUCUUCCCACAAGAAGCCCCUAACAUCAACAAGUUCCUUGCUAAUGCAAAGAAAUGGGCAUCACAGAGCGCAUCACAAGAGGCAUAA